UCUGCUGUUUCGUGUUUUGGGAAAACAGAACUGUCAAAUUCGCCCUUUUCUUCAAAAAUAUAUUAAGAAAGUCCAUCACAGUGUGGUUAAGUGAUAGCUAUUUGAUUAUAGAAAUUUUUACAUCUGGGCUACAAAAAGCACACCUGCAGGACCUAUCUCUCACUUGACAGUCUCAAAAUUAUCUGUUGAAUGUUUGAGAUCCAGGAUUAAUCGGACCAUCUCUUUAGCAGCUCUGAUUCUCAAAAUGUUUGUUGGUCCGCCUUUCCGGAGUUCGUGCAAGUGAAUCAGUGAUAAGUUUAUGAAGUUGAUUUGCAUGAAAAACAAUUGUCAGUGACCUCAAGUGUCAAGAAAGAAACCAAAGUUCAACAUCAGAAUCUGGGAGACAAAUGAUCCACAAAAAAGUGUGUGGGUUUUUUCUUUGGUAUUGAACUAAGCGCUUGGAAUCCCGCACUCAAAGCACCACCAUGGCCAUGGAAAACAUAACCUUCCUUAUGAACCACAGUGACAUUGUAAAAUAUGGCGAAACUCCAGGUGACUCACGAUACCACAUUAUUCCAGGAUUGACAAUUGUUCCACCACCAACUUCUACACCGAGUUCAGUGCACAAUGGAUCGAAUAGUGUUCUUGUAGCGAUUUUGGUGCCUUUAGGAUGUUUAGGGUUGAUAGCCUUGUUUGCAUUUAUGGUUGUAUUCCUUUUAAAGAAAAGUAGAUUAGACAAACUUCGUCACCACCUAAUGCCACUCUACAACUUUGACCCCGCUGAGGAGGAGGGUGACUGGGAAUCGGAGCUCCUUGAGGAGGAUAAGGAGCAGCAAGUGGCCCUCAGAAUACAGAGUCCAAGUGACAGUCCUACCAGCAUGAUCCACCAACCAAAGCUGAAAUUUACUACAGACACGUUAGAACUAUAAUGAUAUUUACUAUUUAAGGUUAUUUAUUCAGUAUAGCAAGUUACAAUGUUGCUACAAAUAUUCAAGUCUUAAAAAUGAUGGAAAGCAAAUAGUGGGUAAGAUAAGAUCUUGAGCAUGUAAAAUUGAACUUGAGUCUUGAGAAUUGGCAAGUAUCAAGUUGAACUUGUUCACAACUCAUGAACUUUGGAAACAAUUGUCAGGCUCCUUGGAUGACUAAAUCAUGGGAUGUGGUUAACAGUUCUAAGAAAAUUAGUAGGAAAGAUAUGAAUUAUGGUCGAUAUAUGAAAAUGAUGGCCAUUUAUCUUGAGGUGUGUAGCUUUUUUAUGCAGUCUGCUUUGAAGGCAUAAAAAUGAGUGUCCAAGCUGUACACAUUCCAGUUUAAUGUAAAUAACCAAAGUAUUGCGGUGAGGUAUUUCACUUCAAGUUGCAGAGUCAAUUUUGCUUUGGAUAAAAAAUUAUGGAAUGUCGUCAUACUUCCAACAAUGUUAAAAUUGUAAUGUCAAGUGUUAGUUUAAUCUUUCCUUGUAUUCCUUAUAUCAAGAAUUAAUCAAUCCUAAAGAUUAGUCUUUUAAUUCUUGGUAGUCAUGUAUGCUCACUGUGUUCAGGACAUUUUUGUAUCGGAACAUAUUCGACCAAAUGCAUUUAUAAGAUGGUAUCAUUUCUGACUUUUUUUUGAUACAGAAUAUAUCAUGUCAUUGGAACAAGAAUUGAUAAAGAUUAGUCUUUAUUAAUUCUUGGUUUGACUUAUCAAAUUUCAUAACUUUGUUAACAGUUUUUUUUAGAGGUUUGCUCAUCACUAUUAGCAUUCUUUUGACCGAGUGUGAAAUUUUUUGUUUCCUUUUUGUCAUAUUUAAUUUAAACAACUAAUACAAGAAGCUUAUUGUGGACAGAACAAAGUCCCUGUCACUCUAUAAUGGAUUCACUCUGGUGUUUUCAUUGAUGUGAUGAAGUUAAUUUAGGUCAGGAAUCUGUUGUUGUGUAUUUGUAAGUCUGGUUUUAGUAGUGGUAGUUGGACUUGCUGGCAAGUCUUCCAAGAUGCAUUUUUAUUUUUACUUAUACAUUGUUGUUGUUUUGUUUGUUAUUUUUAUUGCCAUUGAUGAGGUUACAUGAAUAAUCUCUUGUAUUUACAAUUUUGUUUGUGCUAGUAAAAUGUAUUUGUCAAACCAGAUCUCUUUUUGUGCCGUGGAAUUGUAUGGACAAAGAUAAAAAACAAGAAUUGAUAAAAAAGGUCUUUAUCAAUUCUUGACAAUAAUAAUUGAUAACAGGGUUUAUCCUAUUCAUAAAAUCUCAUAAUCAUGAUAAUUUGGCUUUGAAGGGACAAAGUCUUGGCUCUUCACAGCAUAACGUAUAAAUAUUCGAGGGUCUAUUGGAUGGAGACUGCCCUGUUCCCUUUUCCCUCCCGAGUGUCUAUGCCAGGGCAGGUAAAAGAACCCACACAGGUGGAUAGUAGCCUAUACAUAUUCUGAGGACCCAAUGGCCAAACUUUGCAGGAAUGACGCUGCGUCAAACACAGAGUUGGGUGCCAGGUGGGGGCGAUUUCCAUGAUAGGAGAACUUGCGUUGACAUCAGCCGCCCUGGGGACGACACAUCGCGAUUUACCUGGGAAUCGUGUAUAGUAUAUAACUGCGGGAAAAAUCCAGUGUGGUUAAUAUGCUUGUAAUGAGGGGGAUGAAGGGCUAGUCCCUCCAUUUUACCUUACCUAUGUAUAUCCUGUUGGAGUCGCCAAAUGUAGUUAAUGUUGUUUAUCAUGUUUGUUGUUGAUGUACUAAUAAUCUUGCCAUGUAUAUGCUAUUCUACUGUUCACCAUGAAAUAACUCAUUAAAUCGGUACUUAUGGCUGAAAAAAAGCCCAGAUUUGAAGAAGUGGGUUGAGUUACUACUAAUUUAUACCUUAUUUAACACCUUGGUGCUCAAUGAUGUAGAUCUAUCUCUAAUGCCCAAACGGUUUGCUGCCCAACAACAGAGAUCUUGUCAUUGUCCAGGGGUCCAAUUGACUGGGGGGGGGUGAACUCAAAAAUAACGAUUCGGAAAACAUAUUACAUGGAAGUCUUUGUUUCAUUUCAGUACUGAUUGCCUGGCAUUAACUCGAAUCUCUCCUUCUUUAAAGGCCAUGACUCUUGGUAUUUCGCCAUUUCCUGCUGUAAGACGAUGUUUGUGCCAAUACUUUACUUUUCUUAAAGGACAAGAAAUUGAACAAAGAAGUGCUUUAUCCGUAAAAGAUUUAUUAAUGAUACUCAAUAUCACAUUGUUAUACUCAUACGUUCACACUGUAUUUACACUCAUGACAAUUGUACUCACUGCAUUACUUGUAAUACUAUUCACUAUCGAUUUUUACUAAUAAAGAAUUGGAGCAUAUUAUAAAAGGAACUGGCUAUUCGAACCGCCACAGUGCAUCAUGGGGCCAUUGUUUCCGGUCUUAUUCGCACCGUCAGAAACACCGUUACGGUGAAAGGUACCGUACCGUGAUGGUGCGAAUAAUGCAGAGUGAAUAAAUAGAUCACACCAUGGUGACAUGGGUGAUGGUGGGUAAGGAAAGUAGGCCUAAUUCAUGAUUGAGGUGGUGUUUGUUUGUGAUGAGUGUUGGACGUGCCUUUACUCCUGGCUCCGGGUGUGGGUAGGGUCCUUGACUUCCAGCCAGGCCAGCCGGCCCUGUCACGGUACGAAUAGCCACGGCCAUUAUAAAAACUAGUCAUAUAAUAUUGCCUAUUUUGAGGCUUGGUGUAAAAAUAUAUGAAGUAUGACAACAGGUUGUUUGAAUUGCAGUUUUUGUGAUUGGGAGACUCCAUGUGUGUGUUCUGAUUUGGCAAGAUCAGCAAACCUGCAGAUUAUUUUGGAUGCGGUGUGCGCUAUGGAACGUUAUAACCCAGUAAGUUCAUGUGGCUAACACAGAACUGUUUUAUCUGUCGGCGGCGAUGGUAGGAUCCACAAGUAUAUAAAAUGCCUGGCUCUUCACAUUACCUAAAGAGAAUUUAUUAAGAGUGUUUGUUGGAUGAGAUUUACAGCUGAGACCUCAUUGCCAUACAUAUGCAGAAGCAAUCAUUUUGGAGGAAUCUUCACAUACUUUCUGUGGUAAAUAUAUGUGGUUUUCAUAGAAUGUCGGACGAAUCAAUGCAUCUGAUAAAUAAUAGGCUAUAUGAAAGAGUGAAGUUUUGUGUCAGGUGGUGGAUCAGCACCCAACAGAAGAAAUAUCGGUAGUUAGUUACUUCUAGUAGAAGAUACUGAUGAGAUGUCAACAAUGAACCCCAAUCAUACAGUCAGUUUGAGUGAACAUGUACAUUGUCCCCCCCCCCCCCCCCCAUGUCUUGUCAGUGUACCUGUUGUUCUUGUGCUUUUCAUUGUACUCAUAAGGCUGGGUUUAGAUAGGAUGUCGCGUCACUUGUUGUGGUCCGUGUUCAUUUGUCACGAGAAUUGUGUUAACUGACUAAGGCUUGAAAACAUGUCAUGACACGACCUUAGGGUGAAAAGGGACAUCGUGAAUCAUAUGUAGCCAACUCUUUGGAAUAACUUGUUCGUUCCUCAUCUCACGAAUGUCAGGUAAAAAACAACUUGUUUAAUGUGAAGACAUGAGCUCUAUUUAAACCCAGCCGAAGGUGUAACUAUGCAAUAUGACAAUUGAAAAUGACUUUAGCACUAGGCUAGAGAUUCCCCCCAUUUUUACUACCGUACAUGUUGACAAUAUGAAUUUGACUGAAAAAUAGACCAUCAGCACAGAAUAUUCUGUGAAUUUUAUUCAAAUGCUCUCUAUUUUCCCAGGCUACGUCAUUUCAAGUACCAUAUCUGUUGGCUCAUCUUUACUGACAUAUCUUUUUAAUUUUCUUUCUUCUUUGUUUUAUUGCAUAUCUGCAUGUAAAUGCUUUCCAUGUUAAAGUACUCGUUGGUGAUGGCAAUUCUUCGUGUGCUCCCUCUGUUGUCAGGUCAUAUAACUAAACUGUCGGCCAGUCAUUUGUACGACAUCGCGAUGAAUAAAGAUAUCAAUAUUUGAAAGA